AUGAUGGGACCCCCGCGGAAAAUGCCGUCACGGCCUUCGGCGUCUAGGAAUCUUAGUUUUGACAAGGCCGAGCGGAGCUCUAGCGCACCGCCUAGUUAGUUCUCCUGACUGAAUAAAGCUCCCUAACUUACUUGAGACUUCACAUAGUUAAACAGCCAAAACAUUGUUAUUCGAAUAAUUCAAUCCACUUGCCUUCUUCAAUAUUGAAAUUAUUACAGAAAGCUUCAACGAAAUGAUCAAUCCAUGCAAAUUCGACGACACUAAUUCCAUGGCGGAGGAAGGUCGAUCAACCGCUGGGUCGGCUAGACGAUACCAGGUACCAGCCCAAUGCUCUUAAAAGCAGCUGAGGGUUUUUUUUAUUCUGUGUUGAACUGCAAAGGAAGAAAGAAAUCACAGUAAAUUCACAUUGGCUGAAUUCGGUCCUCACUAUCAUAAAGAUUGAGGGCUUUAAUUGUUCGGACCUUGGCAAUGCAAAUCGGACUUGUCCCGGACGUUUCUUAGAAUUUUAAAUAAAAAUUUAAGAGUGAUGAAGCUGCUAAAAGAAAUAUUAGAAAUGCUAAGAAACGUCCGGGCGCGUUGGGCUUUCGUUAUCAAGGUCCAAGACAGGGUUGUGCGAGGACCGGCUUGUUGUUCAAAGCAUAUUAGGCGAUUUCAAAAACUAGGCGUUUCGUUAAAAAUGAUUUCGGGAAAUAUGCAGAAAUUGUUUUCCGGAAAGGCGCAGAAAAUUUUGUUCUAAAACGAUAUAUUGCAAGAUAUGCUGUUUUACGGCGAGUUUUACGCGCGUUUUUGAAAUUUUCGUGUAAUUUCUCGAAAAUUUUGAGUUAGUGCGUAGAAGUUGCAGUAAAAAGCAUAACUAGAGUCGUUUUAGGACUCAUUAUUUCUGCGCCUUUCCAGAAGUCCAAUUUGCCUAUUUCCUAAAAUAAUUUUAACGAAUAACGCGUCAAUUUUGAAAUCGCCGAAAUUACUUUGAACACGGCACAAAUAAUGGAGUGUUCCCUGUAAAGAUGUUCAGUAUAUUUGUUAGUGCGAAAUUAAUAUUUUUUAAUUAAAAAAAAUAAUUUUUUUCAAAAAUUUAAUUUUUUUGUAAUCACAAAAAAAUUAAUGAAACAGACUCGGACACUAAGAAUAACUGCCGAGAUAAACGCGAGACACUGGCGGUACAUUGACGAGCUCGCAAACAUCUCGCUUUUUUUCUCGCGCCGGUCUCGCAUUUUUCUGGGCGCGAGCUCGCUUUUUUCUAGGCGCGAGCUCGCAUUUCUCUCGCAAUUUGAAAAUUUCCGAAAUGCAAGAUGAAUGCGAGAUGGCGCCGAGAAAAAUGCGAGAGCGCGCCUAGAAAAAAUCGAGAUGUUGGCGAGCUCGUCAAUGUACCGCCACCGACCUCGCGUUUAUCUCGUCAGUCAUUUUUAGUGCAGUUGCGCUCUGAUCAACCCGAAGGCUUCGCUUAAGAGGAUUUUUUCUUUAAAAUUUUUUUUUAUCCUUUCUCAAGCACACGCACGGGGUGUCUCUUUUUUAUUUUAUAGACGAUUCACGGCUAGCUUUGGACGCAAAAAGGCGUUGCCUGUCUGCACUCUCCACUAACCAGGGCACUGUCUCGUCUCUUUUCGUGACAGGACCCUUUUCUCGAUGGCUCAAGCCAGCCGUGAAUCAGCUAUAUAUAUAGCUUUUGAACUAAUUGAAAAGUUAUAACUUCAAUAUUUUUCGUGCCCAUUCAUCUUUUCUCAUUGCGCUGCUUAAGACUGAAAAUUCGAACGCGCUAAAAUUUCAAAUACCAAACUUUCGAUUGGAAAUGGUUUUUGUAAUUAUGUUCAGAAGUGCUCGGAACAGAAAAAAAAAAAAGUGAGCAGGAGCCCUAGGUAGUCUUAAAAAAAUGUGAGAAGUUCGUUUCUUUUAUUUCUUUUCGGAAAAGGGGCAGGAACCCCGCUUUAGAACGCUGUGCCAAGGAAAAGACGAAAAAGAACUAGGACCCCCCGUGCGUGCGCGCCUGAGAUUUUUUAUUAUGCCGUGUUGAAAGUGAUUCCGCAAAAUUUAAAAUAUAACGAAAUUUCGGAGAGUCAGAACCCGUUUUGCUUUACGCGAAAAUCACUUUGAACAUGGCCUAAAAUUCAUGAAUGAAAAAAUAGGAUAUAGCCCGUUCAUGGCUUGCUUGGUUAUCAGCAAGACUUGGUCUGUCACCGCUUUUCACCAACCAGGCACUGUCUAUUUUCUCUUUUCUCGCCAUGACAGGACCCUUUUUUCGGUAGGUCGAGCCAACCGUGAAUCAGCUAUAUCAUCUGUAUCAAGCGGGAGAAAGUAUAUAGUUAUUUUCUUCGUUAACUCUUUUAGAAGUUACGGGACUUCUUCAAUUUCAAGCUUGUUUUUUUUACUCAUACUAAGCAAAACUUUGGCCUACGUUUUUUUUUUAUGCGAACGCAAAUAUUUUUUUUUAAAGUCUGGAUAUUGGUGAUCUGAUCAUCUAUUAAUUCGCAUUGUAUUUUUGAGACCUAUUUUGGUGAGAAGCUGAGGCCUCUUUGGAAAAAGUCGUUUUGAGUUUCGAAAAUAUACCUUCUGAAUUUCUAAAAAUUUAAUUUUACUUGUGUGUUUCUUGUUUAUGUAAGCGUUUUUCUUGUUAUUGUGAAAAUUAUUUUUGUAGGAAAGUAUGGUAUCACCCAGAAGAUGUUCUUCAAGAAAGAGAAAAGCAGAAGAUGUUAGUUUAUAAACUUCCGAUUGUUUCUAUCAGCUUGAAAUUUUUCCAGGAGGGAACUCCUCCUAUCACACACUACUUUCCUGUUUUAA